CAUCGACAGAGAGAGAGGGGUGACUGUAGAGUGAUGGGACCCGGCUAAGGGAAGAGCAGCGAAUGAUCACUCUCCGAGCUGGUAAUGACAGGUAGACAGACGUGAAGGAUGACUUCUUGCUCAGAGAUCUGUGGGUCAGAAUAUAGAGAGCAAGUGCAAACCAGUGGGAACUACCAGCAGUAUGGAGUCCGCUCCUACCUACACCAGUUUUAUGAGGACUGCACAGCUUCUAUCUGGGAACGUGAUGAAGAUUUUCAGAUUCAGAGAUUGCCUAGCAGGUGGAGCUCUUUACUCUGGAAGGUCUGUCUCACGUUCGGUACCUUGAUCUUGUUUGCGGGCCUCAUUGUUGUUUUGGUAGGUUAUGCCACUCCAGCCAAGAUUGAAGCAUUUGGUGAAGAUGAUCUACUCUUUGUUGACAGCCAUGCCGUCAGUUUCAACCGUGCACUGGAUGUUUGUAAGCUGACUGGUGCAGUGCUGUUCUGUGUGGGAGGCACCUCCAUGGCUGUGGGUCUCCUGCUGUCUGCCUUUGCCAAAAGCUACUCCAAAGAAGAAUUGUUUCUGCAACAGAAGUUUAAGGAGAGGUUGGCAGAUCUGCAAGCAACAGUUGGUACUCCAAUAAUGAGAGCACCAACUCCCGGAGAAGGAAAGGUGCCAGUCACACUUACCAAAGUUCAGAACAUCCAGCCAGUGACCACAAAGUCAGAGCCCUGAUCAAGGCUAAGAUCAAGGCAUAAAGUGAAAGUUGUAAGAGGACCGGUGUGUGUAUGUCGAUCCAUGUGUGCAGUUUAUCUUUUUAAAAGGUCAGCUUACAUAACAGAUAGUAUUGGUUCCUCAUCUUAUUUUGUUUGACAUUAAAAUGAGAUUUUAAAAACUUAGAAAGGAUGAACAAAAUAUAGGGGAUUUAUUUAUCAGAUGUUAUGAAACAAUAAAAAAACACUCACUUUAAUAUUAAGAAAACAUUUUUUUUUUAAUUUCACUAGAAAAGACAUCUGCAGAAUAGUGACACUGUGCAGUAGUUUCCGCAGAGCUUGUUUUCUGUUUGUUUACUGUUGAGAGAAUUCUUACUUUUGUAAAAGGUAAUGCUGUUACUGCUGGAGGGCGAUGGGCAGCAAGUGGCAUAUUUGAAAUUUUUGGCCCCCAUUCCCAGAAAUGAUCAAAUGUACCAGUUAACACUCAUUACCUCUGACUAGUGACCAUCAGGAUGAGUGCGUGUUUGGAAUUAUUGGCUGUUAAAAGUGUAAAUGUACUAUAUUUACCUGAAACGUUCAUCCAGGCUGACAAAGCACGACAUCGUUUUAUAAUACCUUUUUUUUUCUCCUUUCCGAUAAAGUAGUAACUCAAAGGUCUUAACCUUUCUAAAGGUUCACAGUGUCCUAACAGAUUAGACAUAAAUGCAGAUUAGAAGAGACAGUAUGGGGAGAUUCUGUGUCUAUCUUCUGUCUUAUUAGGCCAGUGACCUUGUUUCCUUCAGUAAAUCUUCAGACAGAAUCAAUAUACAAGAGCAGACAGGCUGAUGAAAGUUACAUUGAACCAGACAGAGCAUGCAGAACAGCAAUGAUAUGUCAGAUUACUUCCAACAUACAGCAAAUAAGACAUUCAUCAUGUCUUCUAUCUUUAUUUUUAAGUUUUUAAUACCUAAACACUGGCUUGCCCACCUUUUCCUUUCCAUUGUUUCCUUUUCACCCUGUGACAAAAGGCUCAUAGACACACACAGAUCCAUCAGAGCAGACGCUGUUUUGAAUCAAAAUGCUAAUAGCUACCAGACAUGAGUCAGUGCUACUCGUGAAAAUGAAGAUGGGUGCAUCGAGAGAGACAAUGUGACACACAGGUUACAUAACGGAGGGAAGAUGAGAGCACGUUCAGCUCUCCAAUGGGAUUGUAUUUGACUGCACUAAUGGAUGAAUUAAAGAGAUUCAAUAAAUGACUUCCUACUAUCACACACAAAAUUUGAAACUCAAUAAUUUAUAUCACAGUCAGCAAUGUUUAACACCGGAGAGCUGAUAAAUUCCAGGACCACAUUUUUUUACACUAUAGAGAAUUUGCUUAUGUACUGGAUGUGAAACUGAAGGAGUGAUUAUUAAGACGGUUCCUGUUUUAUUCAUUCCUUUAUGUUAUACAAGUAUUCACACUGUAACUGUAACUUAGAAGCACAAUAAGCUGGUAACGGCCAUGUUUUUCUGCUUUUUAAUACACUGUGUCCACAUGUGUUGUACAUAUAUUUAUUACAAUUACUGUAAUCCUACCCUACCACUUUAAAAGCUUGUUUUUGCAUUGUUUUUCUUAACAUGUAUCUUUUGUUUCAUCAUUAUAAACAAACCUGUACUGUAAAAAAAAUCUGUACUUGGUUAGAACAAUUCUACUGUCCAAGAUACAAGCUUCAGUUUUUUUUUAAACCAUAUCUCAUCAUCAAAUUCUUGCAGCACAGCUUGUAUAUUUACUCUAUAAGAUGUUGAUUUGCUAUGCUUACUACUAUUGUCAAUGUAAGUUGACCUUUUCAAUAUUAUUCUAAUUACCUCCAAUCUUCUUUCUACUAUUAUUUAAAAAGUCCUGGUGUCAUUUUAACACAUUUACUCUCAGAUGCAACACAGAAGCAUAGCUGUAACUACAAAAAAAACAACCUAGUAAUAAGCAAGGCAUUUCAUUUUCAAGAUACACAGCCACUGAGCUGCGGGCCUUCAGUACAUGAAGAAAAGCCAAGCUGUUAAACAAGCCAUUAUGGACAAACCUUCUAGUGCGGCCAGGACUUUAACAGGCAGUGCUGGUUUGUAAUGUUAUGCUGUUUCCUGCUGCAUUACAAACUCUAAUCCAUAAUGGAUAUUUUUUUCUGCUAUAUAUCUAACUUGAAGUCUUUCCUGAUGUAACAGUGGAUCAUCCCACUAAAUAAAAAAACGAUGCUACCCUUAUUUGCGAACAGAUCGGAUAAAGAACACAUAUAAAUCAGUGUCUACAUGCAGUAUGUCUAUUUUUUGAAUAGCACAAUAAAACUGACAUAUCGGUGGAUUGGAAAUGUGUGAAAACUGUAUUGCAGCACACUGUGCAGUAAACUGACAGACUGGUGGCUUAACUGUUGAUAAAAGUUUAUACCUCCCAACAGAAGUGAGAGGUAUAAAGUGGUAUAAAGUGGGAGUAGAAAGUGGCUUAGUUUAUGUCUCCCUACAGAAAUAAAAAAAUACUUCACUGUU